GUCACAUUGCCAGGAAUGAAGGAGGUCUACCCGCCAUUCCGAGCAGCUGACGGACCGUAAUGGAGCACCACAGCUGGACCCAGCACGGCGUCCGAGAACUACACCCGCGGCUGGUGUUGCCCAGCUUCUACGAUCCGGGGGCCUGCUUGCACAGCGUCUAGUCAAAGCGGGUGCCAGGACAAAGAAAUCGAAAAGAAAGUGUCGCUAGGUGCUGUCGUGUUAUCUUCUAGUAGCUCCUUAGUACGCGGCAAAAAUGCUCGGCGAAUCGUCGACAUCGCACCGGCCGCACAAUCUGCAGGCCGGCGGGUCUUCUGGUUCGAGAAGCGGAAUGAACUACAACUCGUCCGGUAAUAAGAAUGGCAGGCAACAUCAACCUGCCUCAUUCCAGCGUCUGUCCGUCUACGCGAAAGAUUUACUGGACACCAGCGGGCAGUCGGUCGACGAGCUCUUUCGUAAGUACGGCAACUACGACCAGUCUGCGGGUGCUGGUGUCGUGUCAUCGUACUACACUAGUGCAGCGCGGUUCGGAAGGCGGCGGGAGCGGAAUCCGGUGCGGGCCGCCCUGAUGGAGAACAGUUUGCGGGACCACCGGCAUUUGCACCUGUUGAAACCGCUGGCCAAGUGGGACUCACUCUUUUUCGGCGGGGAACAAGAUGAUGAACUACAACACGCGGGCAGCGGGGGCGCACCAGCCGGUUUGUUCGGCGCAGCUGGCGUCGCCGCAGCUUUGAGUACAAGAGCCUUGAAGUCAACUGGAGCAGGAUCAACACUGGGGGCCGGCGCUACGACUGACGUGAAAUCCCCGAAUAGAGGUGGAACAAGUGGAGCAGCAGCCGGUAAUAGUAAAGACGUCGGUGAUAGUACCCUCCACCUCGACGCUGGCACGACAAAGAUGACGCAGAUGGACUACCAGCUGGAGAAACAACGAAUCGUCGACACCGCCAAGAUGCAGAGCACGCACCGAUUCCGCGAGGAGCUGGGCGACAGCUUGGUCCGGAAUUUUCGCCCGGACAAGGGCCAGAAGGGGUUCUACGGUCACCUCGGCGCGGUUCCUAUCGACGACGCGGCCGUGGGGAGCAAGAUGAAGAGCGAAGCGAAGGACUCCCCCCUGUUCAAGGGGCUGAAGGCGCCGUUAGAUUUGGAGUACUACCAGCAGCACAACAAGACCCCCCGGUCCUUCCCGUUAAACGCGUGGACCACGCCCGUUUGGUUUCAGCAAUUUCUCAAUGUCCCGGAGUUUCGCGACGCUAUUCUGACGCUGGACCGGUCGGGGGAAAACACCAGCCGCCUGAUCACCGCGAUGCUGGAGUUUUUGGCCGAG